CCUCCCACGCCCGUUGUGAAGCAACGGCGGCCGCCAGCCUUUAAGGUGGCUCGGGCCCCAGAGCCCUAGCGAUGCUCUGAGCGCCUGCGCAGCUGCUUUUCCGCUGCAAGGGCUGGACUGGCCAGAGCCACACAGCCGAGCCUCCGCUCCUUUCCGGAACUAACCGCCCGGCGCCGUUCCCCUCCGCACCCCUCCCCCGCAGGCGCUUCCGCCCGCGCUCCUCCCUCUCUCCUCCCCCAGCGGCGCGCACGCGUACGCGCACGCGCUCCAGGCCGGCUCGCGCCCUCUCGCUUUCCACCGGCCCGCGAGAUCCCCCCCCUCCCCUUCCGCCUCGCGGCGCUUCCUCGCGCCGCGGUCUUCUCGAUCCACCCCUGACACCGCGGGGCUCCCCCCCGCCCGCCAACGGCGGGUCCCCUGCUUCGCGAUCUCUCUCGCUUCCCGCGCUCUCCAGAGGGGGCCUAGCCCCUGGCCCUCUUUCCCUUCCCUCUAAUUUCUCUUCCGGACGCUGCCAUCAUGUUGAAGCCUCAGCCGCCACAACAGACCUCCCAGCCCCAGCAGCCGCCCCCCACGCAACAGGCCGUGGCCCGUCGGCCUCCCGGCGGGACCAGCCCUCCUAACGGCGGCCUCCCGGGGCCGCUGCCCGCCACCACGGCUCCCCCGGGGCCUCCUGCGGCCGUCUCUCCCUGCCUGGGGCCUGCAGCCGCUGCCGGGAGCGGGCUUCGCCGCGGAGCCGAAAGCAUCUUGGCGGCGCCGCCGCCACCGCAGCCAGGGGCAGUGGCUAUUGGCAGCGUCAGGGGACAGAGCACCGGAAAGGGACCCCCACAGUCGCCUGUGUUUGAAGGUGUUUACAAUAACUCCAGGAUGCUGCAUUUCCUGACUGCUGUGGUGGGUUCUACUUGUGAUGUAAAGGUGAAAAAUGGCACCACUUAUGAGGGCAUUUUCAAAACCCUGAGUUCAAAGUUUGAGCUGGCAGUAGACGCAGUACACCGGAAAGCAUCUGAACCAGCAGGUGGGCCUCGGCGGGAAGACAUUGUGGACACCAUGGUGUUUAAACCAAGUGAUGUUCUGCUUGUUCACUUCCGGAAUGUUGACUUCAAUUAUGCUACGAAAGACAAGUUCACCGACUCAGCCAUCGCCAUGAACUCCAAGGUGAAUGGAGAACACAAGGAGAAGGUGCUACAACGUUGGGAGGGCGGCGACAGCAACAGCGAUGACUACGAUCUGGAAUCUGAUAUGUCCAAUGGAUGGGAUCCCAAUGAGAUGUUCAAAUUUAACGAAGAGAACUAUGGCGUAAAGACCACCUAUGAUAGCAGUUUAUCUUCUUACACGGUUCCCUUGGAAAAGGACAACUCAGAAGAGUUUCGGCAGCGAGAGCUGCGUGCAGCCCAGUUAGCUCGAGAGAUUGAGUCAAGUCCCCAGUACCGCCUACGGAUUGCCAUGGAAAAUGAUGAUGGGCGAACGGAGGAGGAGAAGCACAGCGCAGUUCAGCGGCAGGGGUCUGGGCGGGAAAGCCCCAGCUUGGUGUCCAGGGAAGGGAAGUAUAUCCCUCUGCCUCAACGAGUUCGGGAAGGUCCCCGGGGAGGAGUUCGAUGCAGCGGCUCUCGAGGAGGGCGACCUGGUCUUAGCUCUUUGCCACCUCGUGGACCUCACCAUCUUGACAAUAGCAGCCCUGGCCCUGGGUCUGAGGCACGUGGUAUCAAUGGAGGCCCUUCCCGCAUGUCCCCCAAGGCACAGCGCCCUUUGAGAGGUGCCAAGACGUUAUCUUCGCCCAACAAUAGGCCUUCUGGAGAAGCUUCUGUUCCUCCAGCACCUGCAGCUCUCCCUUUUAUUCCAGUGGGCCGGAUGUACCCUCCACGGUCUCCCAAGUCUGCUGCCCCCGCCCCAGUCUCAGCUUCCUGUCCUGAGCCUCCCAUUGGUUCAGCAGUAGUAUCCUCUGCCUCCAUCCCUGUGACAUCAUCAGUUGUGGAUCCUGGAGCAGGCUCUAUUUCCCCAGCAUCUCCCAAAAUCUCCCUGGCCCCCACAGAUGUUAAAGAACUCCCAACAAAGGAGCCCGGUAGGACUUUGGAGGCCCAAGAGCUGGCCCGGAUAGCUGGGAAAGUCCCUGGGCUUCAGAAUGAACAGAAACGAUUUCAGUUGGAAGAACUGAGGAAGUUUGGGGCCCAGUUUAAGCUGCAACCUAGUAGCUCCCCUGAGACCGGCCUGGAUCCAUUUCCUUCCCGGAUCUUAAAAGAAGAGGCCAAAGGAAAGGAGAAGGAGGUGGAUGGCCUAUUGACUUCAGAUCCCAUGGGAUCCCCAGUCUCCUCCAAGACAGAAUCCAUAUUGGAUAAGGAAGACAAACCACCCCUGGCAGCAGUAGGGGGUACUGAGGGGCCAGAGCAGCUCCCACCAUCUUGCCCCAGCCAAACUGGCAGUCCCCCAGUAGGCCUCAUCAAGGGAGAUGACAAAGAGGAGGGCCCUGUUACUGAACAAGUAAAGAAGUCUACUUUGAACCCCAAUGCCAAGGAGUUCAAUCCAACAAAGCCUCUGCUGUCUGUGAACAAAUCUACCAGUACUCCAACUUCACCAGGGCCCCGUACUCACUCAACACCUUCCAUACCGGUGCUGACAGCAGGCCAGAGUGGGCUCUACAGUCCCCAGUACAUCUCAUAUAUACCUCAGAUCCACAUGGGACCAGCUGUGCAGGCACCUCAGAUGUAUCCAUAUCCUGUUUCCAAUUCGGUGCCUGGGCAGCAGGGCAAGUACCGGGGUGCAAAAGGCUCACUUCCCCCCCAGCGCUCAGACCAACACCAGCCAGCCUCAGCCCCUCCGAUGAUGCAGGCUGCUGCUGCUGCUGCUGGCCCACCCCUAGUGGCUGCCACACCUUAUUCCUCCUACAUCCCCUACAACCCACAGCAGUUCCCAGGCCAGCCUGCCAUGAUGCAGCCCAUGGCACACUACCCUUCACAGCCGGUCUUUGCCCCUAUGCUUCAAAGUAACCCACGAAUGUUGACAUCUGGAAGCCACCCCCAGGCCAUUGUAUCAUCCUCCACUCCUCAGUACCCCUCUGCAGAGCAGCCUACCCCCCAAGCCCUCUAUGCCACUGUUCACCAAUCCUAUCCACACCAUGCCACACAGCUCCAUGGCCAUCAGCCACAGCCGGCUACCACACCUACUGGGAGCCAGCCACAAUCCCAGCAUGCGGCCCCCAGUCCUGUUCAGCACCAGGCGGGGCAGGCCCCACACCUGGGCAGUGGACAGCCACAGCAGAAUCUGUACCAUCCAGGGGCCCUAACAGGCACACCUCCUUCUCUACCACCGGGACCUUCUGCCCAGUCCCCUCAGAGCAGCUUUCCCCAGCCAGCUGCUGUGUAUGCCAUCCAUCCCCACCAGCAGCUGCCCCACGGCUUCACCAACAUGGCCCAUGUUACCCAGGCCCAUGUCCAAACUGGAGUCACAGCAGCCCCGCCCCCACACCCUGGGGCACCCCACCCGCCCCAGGUGAUGCUGCUGCACCCCCCCCAGGGCCAUGGGGGCCCCCCCCAAGGCGCGGUGCCCCCGAGUGGGGUGCCUGCACUCUCAGCUUCCACACCCUCACCCUACCCCUACAUCGGACACCCCCAAGGUGAGCAGCCUGGCCAGGCGCCUGGAUUUCCAGGAGGAGCCGAUGACAGGAUUCUAUGUAGGGUGGGCAGAAGCCACAGUCGCCGCCGCCAGGGGCUUGCUCCUGGCUCUGUCCUUUGCUUCCCUCCGUCCUCGCUCAGUUGUGAUCCAGCAGCCCCCCUCCCCACUGCCUCCCCAGCUCUCAGUGACCCCGACUGUCUCCUGACUUAGCCGAGGUAAGGUCAGCGCAGCAGACAGGGCCAGACUGGGGCGUGGGGGGCUGAGCUGGGCAACUGAGUAAGGGCUUUCUGGCCUACUGGGAAACAGCGUUUGACCUGUGCUUCUGACAGCCCCCAGAGACUCCUGGAGGAGGCCGCUCCUCCCCACACCCCCCACACCCCCUGGACGCAUUGACAGAGGGACAGCUGCUCGGGUUCUAAUGCUCCUGCUCUCUCUCUUUCCCCUCCAACCAGUUCAAUCUCAUCCCUCCCAGCAGCUCCCCUUCCACCCCCCGGGGAACUGAAGAUUGUCCUGGCCGCGACCUGAGACCUCCAUGAGUGGAGGGAAGAGUGAUCUAUGUCUCUUCCCCCAGCAGCUCGGACCAGUCCUAGCCCCGCCCCCAAUCCCUUUCCCUUGGGGAGCUGGGGAAUUCCUGCCAAGCACCUUGAAUGGGAGGGGUCCUUGAAGUGGGCAGGGCUGGGGGUCCAGCGGGGGUGGGGGAGGUUCCUGCUCUGCCCCUGCCGGGUCCCACCCAGUCUUAUCCUCCCAUCCUCUCAUUUGUUCCCCCGCUGGAGACGGAAGAUCUUUUAUUUUCUAUUAUUUAUAACCUCAGACUUGGGCCCCCUGUUCUACCCCAUUGACUUGAGUGUCCUGUGUGAGAGACCGACAGACAGAUGCCUCAAGGACUUUUACUUUUUAUUACAUAAAAAAAUUAAAAAAAAACAAUAAAAAAAAUAAAAUUUUAAACUAACUUAA